AUGGCGGCCACCAGAAUCGUAGUGUCAGCAAGCACCACUGCCGCCACAACUUUGCUGUUCAAAGGGCCAUUGCGAAGACCUCAAAGUUUGAGCUUUUUUUGCCCCAACAAUCGAUUAGUGCCCAAGAAAAGAUUGUUCACUUGCAGUGCAAUUUACAAUCCCCAAGUUCAGAUCAAAGAGGAAGGCCAACCCGAAACCCUAGAUUACCGAGUCUUCUUCCUCGAUGAUUCUGGCAAAAAGUGCAGGUGGUAGCUCAUACGAAUGAGGUGCCUAAUAUCCACCCCUCCUUGAAAUCCCCACUUGUCCUCAAGUUGGAAAAGCUGGAAAACGAGCGACAAAGUCUGAAUAAUCCUCCCAAGUUGCAUCAGCAGCAAAAAAUCCAGUCCACUGGACAAGAAGGUGUGUAACUGGCCUGUUGUUGCACUUAAACAACCCACGAUCCAGAAUGCGAAGUGGCUGCCACAUAGUAACACAGCUAUCACAAAUGGGAGGGAGCUGUGGAGCAGGUUGCACCAUUUCUCCAAGUUUCUUUUUGAGGCAAAAAUCGUGAAAGACUGGAUGGAUACGACAUUUCAUAUGCAAAUCCAGUUUGUAAGCGACUUCUCCAAUGCGUGAAAGAACAUGAAAAGGUCCAUAAAAUUGUGGUGAGAGCUUAUGUGGCCCGCGGGGGCCCAAGGAAAUUUGUCGAUAUGGCUGAAGUCAGAGAAAAACCCAAUCUCCCACACUAAAAGAGCGUUCAGUUCGAUGACGGUGAGCAAAAUAUUUCAUGCGAGACUGGGUAGCAGUUGAAUUUUCUUUUAGUAGUCACAAUAUACUAUCACGAUCACGCAAGGCAACGUCUACAGCAUGAACAACAAUUGUACAGGGAAGGUAUGAAGCAAUGGGCAAUGGAGGCCGACCAUAAACUACUUGAAAAGGCGUCAUUUUCAAUGAAGAUUGAAAAGAAGUGUUAUACCACCAUUCAACCCAUGGUGGCCACUUUGUCCAGUUGGAAGGUUAUUGGCUUGCAAAGCAACGCAAAUAAGCCUCAAGGGAUCAGUUAACCACUUCAGUUUGCCCGUCGGAUUGGGGAUGGUAAGCUGAACUUUGACAAAGACUAGUGCCCUGCAAUUCAAAAACUACUUCCCAAAACUAACUCGUGAAAACAGGGUCUUGAUCACUAACAAUAGAUUUAGGCAUCCCAUGUAAACGUGCAAUUUCCCAAACAAAAAUUUCAGCCACCGUAGUUGUUGUAUAAGGAUGCACAAGUGCAUAGAAGUGGGCAUAUUUGGAUAGUCGAUCAACUACAACCAUAAUAGAAGUUUUGUGAAAUGAAGGAGGUAACCCAUCAAUGAAAUCCAUUGAAAUAUCAGUCCACACUUUCUCCAGAAUUGGUAGAGGUUGUAGCAGCCCAGGGGGAGAAAUACUUUCAGAUUUAUUCCGUUGGCAAACAUCGCACUCGACAACAAACUUCUUAGCAGCCCUUUUGAGACCCUUCCAAUAAAAAUUGCGUUGGAUGCGCUUAUAAGUCCGUAAGAACCCGGAAUAACCACCAAUUUGGGAAGCAUGGAAUUCCGACAGAAUUUUGGAACACCAAGGAGAAGAAGAGGGAACCACCACUCGGUCUUUAUAACGUAAAACACCAUCACAAAGAGAAUAGCCUGAAUUUGUAGACACACCUUGUCGUAAUCGAGUAAGAAUGGGGGACAAGGAAAGAUCCGUCAAUCAUUCAGCAGUGAUCUCAGUAAUGGCCAAAAAUAUAGGGAAAGAAAUUGUAACGCCCCAAAAACCCCCUUGGGUGACAUUACAUUCUAAAAAUCAUUCACCCCAUGAGAGCAUUACGUAAAUUCAUCACGACGAAAGUUCAUUCAUCAACCAUUCAUAUUUUAAC